AUGACCUGGCCCUUAGCAGGCUGCGAGGCUACCCACCAGACCACCGGGGCGACCGGAGUGUGUUCUACAUUGGAUCUCCACGGACUCAUUCUGACAGCACUUCAGACAGCAGCUGCAUGCCCCGCCAGCUUCUUGUUCCAUGCCUACCAUGGUGUUUUUGUACAGACAGCACUUCAGACAGCAAGUAUGCUGUAGUCGGCAAUCAUUCGUUUUGGUNUGACAGCACUUCAGACAGCAGCUGCAUGCCCCGAGCUUGUGUACCAUGCACCAUGGUGUUAAUUUUGUACAGACAGCACUUCAAACAGCAGUACGCUGUAGUCGACAAACAUUCAUUUUGGUUGAAUGCGGGACAAGUAAGGGCUGCUGUAGUCGAAUUGAAGUGUGUGGGCGUGUAGUUCAGUUGUGAGCAUGCAAACGUGCUGCAGGGAUUGCAGGUGUACCUCCUCGGGCUUGCGUACCAUUUUUCUUGCUAAUAGUGUGUGUGUUCUUUAGAUCUUCUGAUGGCUCUAGCAUUUUUGUGACCACGGACCGAGUCUUUGCCUUAUUUUGGGAUUAGCAACUGACACGAGUUCAAUGUGAAGAAAAACAACA